GACGCGCGUCCACCGCAGCAGCUGCCGCCCGCCGCGCGCAUCUGUCCGUGCGGGAGCACCGUGACAGACUUGGUGAUGAUGGCGGACUGUGUUGGCUUUCAGGCGCAGAUCGCCUCAGUGAUAGAGAUUCUGGCCAAUUCGGCGGUGGCAGAGAUCUGCAAGCUGGUGGACGAUGGCUACGCGGCGCUGCGCGCUCAGAUCGAGCAGGAGCGAGAGAAGAGCGAGAAGGAGAACGAUGCCCUGCGACUGAAGCUGCGGGAGAUGGACGUGAAAAUGCGGAGCUACGAGAGGAAGAUGAGGAGACGGAUUCAGCGGGAGGAAAUGCACACCGUUCAUUUUAGGCCACCCGAAGGACCUGACAACCAUCAGCCUCUGGUGCCGCCUCUCCCUGCUGCUCCUGAUGACAAACCCUUUCUGCACAUUUCAAAGCAGGAUGAAGUGAAGGUAUUUCCACUGGUAAAGCAGGAGAAAGAGGAAAGAGAUGAUUGCAACCUGGACCUCAAGGUGGAGGUAAACAUCAGGGCAGAGUGUGGCCUCUCGACUGCCCUGGAGCCCAGUGAGGAAACGCCCCACGCUGAUAUUGUUCUGGACACCAGUGUCACCAACUUUGUCUCCACCACUUCCCAGCCGUCCUCUUCUCCCACUGAUGCCACGAUGGACCUGACCUGCAGGCCUCGAGCAAAACGUAAAGCCACCAAGCCUCUGGGCAACACUUUGACAGCCAGCAGUGGCGGCAUCCCAGUCCCUGAAGCUGCUGGCAGGGAGCUCACAGGGAGCAUGAAGAGUGGUGCUGUGAAGCCAGAGAUCCAGGCCGACAACACCACAGAAAAUGAAGCUCAUCCCCCUCAGCUGUCUGCCCCUGUGGCUGCAGAUGAGCCCAGCCCUGACCGCCUCAACAGCCUGGGCCUGGACCUGGCCUGGAUGCAGGAGCGGGUCAGCCACCUUGGUGCAGCGUAUGCAGUAGCACAGCUGGGUCUGGGGAACUCAGAAACUGGACACCCUUCUGCCUCUUUCUCCUCACAAGGAGGAGAUGGUCUGGAUGGCCCCCCAACCAUGCUCUUCACAGGAGGCACUCACGAAAUGGCUGCUUUCGCCGCUUCCUUUGACAUGGCUGCGGCUGCUGCUGCGGCCGCUGCUGUUGUAGCUGCACCACCUCCACCUCCUCCUGCACCUCCUCCCCCUGCAGCUCCCUCUGCCACCGCCACGAGCCCGAGGCGGCCUUACAGGAGCAGUGCUCCCGCUGCUAAGGAGCCGGUGGUGUGCGCUGUGUGUGGACGCGUGUUCACCAGUGCAGCUGCUCUGGAGCUGCACCAGCGGGUGCACACGGGGGAGAGACCGUACACCUGUCCCCACUGUGGAAAAGGCUUUGCCCAGCCCAACAACCUGCGGGUCCACCUGCUCAUCCACACGGGGGAGAGGCGCUACCGAUGCACGCUGUGUGGGAAGAGCUUCAUCUCAUCGAGCCAUCUGAAGAGGCAUCGCACAGUUCACACACAGGAGAAGCCCUACAGCUGCUCACGCUGUGGACAGUCCUUCAGCCAAAUGUGUAGCGUCCGCAGACACCGGCAGCAGUCCCAGUGCGGCCUGUAGAAAGACCACGAGCAGCAUCUGGCACUGACCCUCACACGGUUGGGACUCUGACUGACUGAAAGUCCUUCAUAUGGGAAUCUGUGCAUCUUAUAUCAAUGUGAACAAAGAUUCACGGCUGUAUCCUGUCACGUCAUGACAUGUAGAUUUGAUGUUUGUCUUAGAUCAUAACAGUGAUCAGUGGUUUUUGUUCAGAGGUGGAUUUCUCCUGAAGCCUCCUCACCCUCUUCUUACUUGUAGUUUCACAGAGAGAGGGUCAGAGAGUGAACUGUACGAGUGCCUGAGUCAGCGCUAACACUUUUUCCUUUUGCCAUUAAAUGGUCUGCUGUUUGACAAA